AUGGGUUGCAUAAAGUGGCUUCUCUUUUGUAUUUCGGCAGUAAUCUGUGCCCAUCUGCGGUACGAUAACUACAGGUUGUAUCGGUUUAAAAGCGAGAAUUACUUCCUCGAGGCGAUUAAAAAAGAAUUCGAGGAAGAUGGCCAUAGAAUAAGCGUAAGUUGGGGCAAUUAUUGUACAGUAUUGACAAAAUUUUUAUUUGUUCCCAAUUUCACUACUUACUCGGGUCAUCAUUCCGAAUUUCGCCUCACAAUCCACCUUAUGCCCACAGGGGUUCCUCUGAAAACGAAAAUAAUCCUCAAACAAGGUUUUUUGAUAACCUUUUAAUUUCAGCUGGAUGGAGAACGGAUGCCUUUAAUCGAUAUCCUCAAGGAAGAAGGAGAGCAUGUCUUAGUUAUUGUUUCUCCCGAAAUUUCCGGUGAAUUCGAAGAUCUGGCCAAGAGAUUUUCCGUGACGGAUAUUAAAGUAGUCGACUCAGACAUUCAGAGGUAGAAAUGUUAUUGCACUUCUCAUAAUAAUAAUUAAUUUACAGACAGAUAACCUCUGAGAGAAAUGAAUUGAUCAGAAAUCGGCGAAAACAAAGGAGAAGACGAAGAAAUAUACGGCAAAACGAUUACUUUUUGAAUUUGAAUGACUUCCACAGAUACCCUAAAGUAAGAUCGACUUAGGAUUGGCUGAUUUGAGAUUGCAGAUUGUGAAUUAUAUGAAGGGGCUGAGUGAGAGAUUCCCGGAGAAGGUCCAGUUUCUAAAUAUCUCAAAAACAUUUGAAGGGCGAGAUCUGGUCGGUGUAAAAGUGAGUUCACAACCUUUACACUACCUCUUCACUAAAUAUUUUUUUAUUUUAAACCCUCCUUUUCACUUUUAAUUACAAUUCUAAGCCAUUCUCAGUAAUUUAUCCUUACUAUCUUCAGUUAUAUUCUUCCUCCUCCAAAUCCAAGCCCAGUAUUUUUAUCGAUGCUGGAAUCCAUGCCCGAGAAUGGAUAGCGCCGGCCGUGGCGUUGCAUUUAAUGGACACUCUGGUCAGCGGAAAGGAGAAUACGAAAUGGCUGAUCGAGGAAUUUGAUUGGUAUAUUAUCCCGGUCGCUAAUCCGGACGGAUAUGAGUACAGUAUUCAGAAAGUAGGUGUUUAUAGAUUGGGAUCCUUGACCGCCUUCUUAAAAGCAAUGCUAGUUUUAACUUUUUUAGGACCGAUUAUGGAGGAAAACACGUUCCAGGAACUCGGAAGUCAACAAAUGGUGCGUUGGUGCGGAUGCCAACAGAAAUUGGGGAUAUCGGUGGGGAGGUGGGUCGUCUUAUCCAUGACUUCAUUAUUUUAUAAUAUACAAAGUAAGUAUGUUGUUUUAGAAGCCGGUGCCAACCGAUCCCCUUGCUCCAAUAUUUAUGCUGGAGCAAAGCCAUUCAGCGAGCCUGAAGUGGUUGGAAUGAAAGAGUUUAUCGACAAAAACAUCAAGAAUCUAAAAGUCUACGGAAGUCUCCAUUCUUAUGGUCAAGUGUUCCUCUCGCCCUGGGGCUAUACAAGUCAGAAACCAGGGAAUUACAAGGAUCAAGCGGCAGCUGCAAUGUAUGCGAUAGAAGAGAUUCGGAAGACCACCGGGACCAAUUAUACUUUCGGAUCGAUAGCUGAGGUCAUGUGUAAGUAAAUAUUCAAAACUUUUAUUGUUAAAACGUCGUUUUUUCGAAAGUUAUCCACAGUCAGAAUGACCUCCGAGUUUACUAAAUUGGUUUUUACAGAUCCAGCCUCAGGCACUUCCAUCGACUAUAUGCAAGAUAAGGGAGUGCCCUUUAUCUACGGGAUCGAACUCCGGCCAGAAGACAUCGACCAAUCCAAUGGGUUCUCGGUCGACCCGAAGAUAAUCGAGCCCACAGGCAAGGAGAUGAUCGCCGCCUUCACGAAGAUUGCGGAGUACGUAAAGGGGAAAUUGCCACGCCCAAUCCGAUUACGGUAUCGCCGACAGUAA